UUGAUUUCAACGAGUUGUCAAAUGUGACACCUCGAUAAAAUUAAAAUACGAAAUACACGUCCCUUCUAGAGAUAUGCCGCCGAAUAUAAAGUCCACCAUAAAGUGAAAAUGUAAAGACACAUCAAAUAUUGUUUUUGUCGUGAUAAAUAAAAUGGGUCGUGCAACCGCUUCUCUCAAACUCCGCCAAAAUGCAACGAAGCCGAGAAAAGAAAUGAAAACCAAAGAUACAAAAAGAGGUUCCAAACUGCAAACAAAACCACCAGAAACUAGUCGUUCGCCCCUUUUAUUUCCUGCUGGAGAUACUGCAUUCAAAGCUAUAUUAUCAGCAAGGUUUUGUGCUGCAAUUUGGUCUCAUAUCACUGACUGUGAUGAAACUUUCAACUAUUGGGAACCAAUGCAUUUUUUGAUAUUCGGAAAAGGAUUACAAACCUGGGAAUAUAGUCCACAGUUCGCUUUAAGAUCUUAUACAUACAUACUUUUUCAUGCUGUACCUGCACUAAUAUAUCACAAAUUGUUCCAACCAAAUCCAUUGCUCAUUUUUUACUUCACAAGAUGUCUUUUAGGGUUACUCGCAGCAUUCUUUGAAGUCUAUUUCUAUAAGGCUGUCUGUCGUGAAUUUGGGAUACACAUAGGUAGGUUAUGCUUAGCAUUCCUCUUGUUUUCACCGGGCAUGUUCAUUUCAAGUACAGCAUUUCUACCAUCAUCUUUUGCCAUGUACAUGUUUAUGGGGGCAUGCUCUGCCUGGUGGGGACGAAAUUAUAACUUGGCUGUAUUUUUCACAGCUCUAGGAUCGCUUUUAGGUUGGCCUUUUGCUGCCCUAUUAGGGGUUCCAAUAGCAUACGACAUGCUAGUCAGACAAAAGUUGUACAAAGAUUUUGUAAUGUGGUCUAGUAUUUCAGCAACAGUUAUAUUGUUGCCGAUGACUAUCAUAGACUCAAUGUAUUAUGGAAAAUUGGUUAUUGCGCCUCUGAAUAUUGUUAAAUAUAACGUAUUAGGAGGAGCGGGACCUGAACUCUAUGGUACUGAACCGUUCACAUUUUAUAUCAUAAAUGGAUUUCUGAACUUCAAUUUUGUAUGGAUAUUGGCUCUUUUGAGUCCUUUUGCUAUAAGCGCUUAUUAUUUAUUUGUACCAACAAAGCAGCCAACAACUUUCAUUCUGCCUUACUGGAUUUCCUUGAGCCCGAUUUUAUUAUGGAUGGUUGUGUUUAUGUUCCAACCUCACAAGGAAGAAAGAUUUCUGUUUCCGAUCUAUCCCAUGAUAUGUUUAUGUGGGGCCAUUACGCUUGAUGUGAUACAAAAAUUAGCGUUCCGAGUAUGGACUAUAUUCAAUACAAUGCCACCUGGUACCCACUAUUUGGAUAAGACAAUGUUCAUCAUGUAUUUCACGAUCAUAGUGACAAGUUUGUUAGGUAUAUCCCGGAUUUGUGCGCUUUACAGAUAUUAUCAUGCGCCCAUGGAUCUGCUGAUGGAGGUUAACAAAUACCCCCUUGAUUUCAAAGUACCUGAAAAAACCAACAUAAAUGUGUGCAUCGGAAAGGAUUGGCAUAGGUUUCCUAAUUCCUUUUUUCUACCCAACACCCAAUGGGACAUACGUUUCAUCAAGUCGGAGUUCGAUGGAAUGCUGCCAGCACCUUAUGCCACUACAGAAAAUGCAACCAGUAUCGUCCACGAUCAUUUCAACGAUAAAAACUUAGAGAACCCCAAUGUGUACAUUAAUAUCAAUAAAUGCCAUUUCUUGUUAGAUUUAGAUUUGGGGAAGGAGACUGUUUUAGAGCCGAACUAUGGCUCUAUGACUAACAGAUGGAAAAUUAUAACGUCUUAUAGUUUUCUCAACAGUGAAAAAUCUAAUAAGUUCUUCAGAGCUUUUUUUAUACCGUAUUUGAGUAGUAACUAUAUCGAGUUUGGGAACUUCAGUCUGUUGAGGACGAAAUAUAUAUGGAAGUGAA